AUGGAAAACGUCAUGGAGCCGGAGGGGACCACAGAGGGACAAGCCACUAAUUUGGCACAAUCUGCCGCCUCUAAACUGUCCCAGAUAGGCGAAAGAACUAAACAACUGGGCUACAUCCAAGACCCAGUUCGGCAGAAACAAGUUAUUCUAGUAAUAGUCUGUGUAGCACUUUUGUUAGACAAUAUGCUUUACAUGGUAAUUGUGCCAAUUAUACCCGAUUACCUUGAAGAGCUACAGAAAGCAGCGGAUAAAGCCGAAGCCGUUGUACUGCAGACCAACUUCACUAACAGCACCAUCCACAAAGCAACCAAGGGGAACUUCGACCUACAGAUUGGUGUUCUUUUUGCCUCCAAGGCCAUCCUGCAGCUCCUGGUGAACCCACUAAGUGGCACGUUUAUAGACAGAGUGGGGUAUGAUAUUCCACUCUUCAUCGGUCUCAAUGUCAUGUUUCUCUCCACCCUUACUUUUGCCUUCGCUGAAAACUACGCGACUCUGUUCCUGGCGCGUAGCAUCCAGGGCCUCGGCUCGGCUUUCGCGGACACUGCUGGGAUCGCUCUGAUCGCAGACAGGUACACAGAGGAGAAAGAGAGGAGCAAAGCUCUGGGUAUUGCCUUGGCUUUCAUCUCUUUUGGAAGUCUUGUGGCGCCCCCCUUUGGGGGGGUCCUCUAUCAGUUCGCAGGGAAGCGGGUGCCCUUCCUGAUUCUGGCCUGUGUCUGCCUCAUUGAUGGUGUAUUGUGCCUGACUGUGCUGAAACCCUUCUCUAACCGAGAGAGAGAAAACAUGCCAGUAGGCACCCCCAUAUAUAAACUGAUGAUUGAUCCUUAUAUAGCUGUAGUGGCUGGUGCUCUGACAAUUUGUAACAUCCCUCUCGCCUUCCUUGAGCCCACUAUCGCCAACUGGAUGGAGGAAAACAUGCAUGCCAACCAGUGGGAGAUCGGCAUGACAUGGUUCCCUGCCUUCUUCCCUCAUGUUUUAGGUGUAUAUCUCACUGUCAAAUUAGCAGCCAAGUACCCUCAUCUCCAGUGGUUUUACGGGGCUAUAGGUAUGGUGUUCAUAGGCGCAAGCUCCUGCACAGUGCCAGCCUGUAAAAACUUUGGACAGCUCAUGAUACCGCUGUGCGGAAUCUGUUUUGGCAUCGCCUUUGUGGACACGGCGCUCCUGCCAACACUGGGUUUCCUGGUGGAUGUGCGACAUGUGUCAGUGUAUGGCAGUGUGUACGCCAUCGCAGACAUCUCUUACUGCGUGGCCUAUGCCCUGGGGCCCGUGGUGGCUGGACAGAUAGUGCACGACCUGGGCUUUGUUCAGCUCAACUUAGGCAUGGGCCUCGCCAAUGUACUUUACGCACCAGCGCUCCUUCUGCUGAAGAACGUGACAAAGAUGAAGCCUUCUUUCUCCGAGCGAAAUAUGCUCCUGGAGGAUGGCCCAACAGGACUGUAUGAUACGAUUAAGAUGGAGCAACGAGAGAAGAAGAGAAAGGGUUUAUGUACAACGAUCGACGAGAAUGGCAUUGAAACCUUUCCGCAACGGUCGUAUUCAGAGGAGGAAUCCUCAGGAGGAGAGUAUGCAUAAAAUACCUUCAACUGAGUGUAAAACUAUCAAAGUGCCCAUGUAGAGUUGUGUGCAUCCCGUCCGAUCCAAUCAAUUGCAUAACACGAUUAGGAUUGUGUAACACAUACAUUAUUUACUGCUCCUGGUGACAAUUCCUGCGAGUAUUGUCAACCAAGUAGCUUCAGGCUUUUGCAGUAGAAAGGCGCUCGGUGGCGUUUGUUCAUCUUAAAGUGAGAGUAUUGUGAAAGAUUUGUUCAGAUAAAUGUCUAUUCAUUAACAGUAUUUAUCACUGUAUCAGAAACUGACUCAUAUUCAGGGAUUAUGUGUAAAUGUAUUUUAACAAAAGAACAAUUGUAAUGUAUGCAUCUUUCAAUGUAAUCUGUAUUAAUUUUGCCAGAGUUGUGCUGCUAAACUUAAUAUGCAAUACUGUGUGUCACAAGACGAUUUUAGAAAGAUACAAAAGAUGUAAAUGUUCUGAAAUCUGCGUCUUGUUGUCUAAUUAUUUUGUUUAUUUUGGAUGAUGUACUUGUGGAAUGCAUAGCCUCAUUGUGUGAUCUGCGACUGUACAUACAUGUAUAUUCAUGUACAUAAUUAAAUCAAUAUUAUGUGA